CAAUCCAAACCAUCUUGACCUAAUGUGGAUACUUUUUUGUUUUUCCUUGGAAAACUUUUGUGGUCUACAAAUGACUAGUUGCAGUGUAGUUUCUUUGUUACAGCAGUUCCACUAAUUUUUGAGUUUGUUUGCGAUUGUGGGUGGUGGGCUGUUGGAAGGACUUUGUUGCAGACAGGGAGGAGAUUUCACGGCGAAGACUUGGAUGCCAGGAUGAAUCUGGCACUGCCGGACUGCACUCCUAAGUGCCGGUCACAGCAGCACGCGGACCAGGUGAUCGCAGCUCUAACUAGUGGCUCUGAGGGGAAACUCCGAGCAUUCCUGACUUCACACUGCCACAAUGCAACCAGCUUGCGGGAUUCCUUUGGUCGUACAGCCCUUCACCUCGCAGCCUCCCUGGGAAAGAAGGCCCUGCUGGAGUGGCUGCUGGAGAGCAAGUGUGCUGAUCUGAUGGUGAAGGAUAAGGAAUCUGGCUGGACCGCUCUGCACCGUAGUGCCUUCUAUGGACAAAUCCACUGUCUCAUAUCAAUGGUCAAGCAUGGUGGGACCCCCUCCAUUCAAGAUAAGGAGGGUCUCUCUGUUUUGGACCUAACAAUGAAGGACCGACCAGCGCAUGUAGUUUUUAAAAACACUGAUCCAACAGAAGUAUACAUGUGGGGAAACAAUACUAAUUUUAGUCUCGGCCAUGGCAAUCAGGAGAGCCGACAGCACCCUGAGCUCGUGGAUGUGUUUGCCAGGACUGGAGUUUAUAUCAAACAGGUGGUUCUGUGCAAGUUCCACUCUGUGUUCCUGUCCCAGAAAGGCCAGGUCUUCACCUGUGGACAUGGACUGGGUGGAAGACUUGGUCACGGGGAUGAACAGACCUAUCUGGUUCCUCGUAUGGUGGAGGGUCUGACGUCCCACCACUGCUCCCAGGUGGCGGCAGCUAAAGACCACACCGUGGUGCUGACGGAGGAAGGCUACGUUUACACAUUCGGUCUCAACACCUUCCACCAGCUGGGUCUAGUUCCUCCUCCUGCCUCAGCACAUGUUCCAAAACAGGUGUUCUCCAAGAUGCUGAAGGGCAGGGCAGUGACUGGAGUUGCAGCAGGGCAGUUCCACACAGUUCUGUGGACCAGAGAGGCCGUGUACACCGUGGGGAUCAAUGGAGGGCAGCUGGGAUACUUGCUGGAUCCAAAUGGAGAUAAGUAUGUGACUUCCCCCCGUCAGGUGUCUGCGCUGCACCACAAGGACGUCACCAUAGCCAUGGCUGCAGCCAGUGAUGGAGCAACUGUGGUUGUGACCGAGAAGGGCGAUGUUUAUCUGCUGACUGACUACCAAUGCAAGAAAAUGGCUUCAAGGCAGCUUAACAUCAAGAAGGUCCUGGUCAGUGGUGGCAGUCUGGAUCAUCGAGUCAAUCCUCAGAUGUUAAAUGAAGGAGGUGGUGAAAAAGUGGCCAUCUUGGCAUUGGAUGAAGCAGGAAGGGUGUUUUGCUGGCGCUCCUCUGGCAGCUCGGUGAGGCAGUGCAGGUGGGCGUAUCCACGUCAGGUCUUCAUGUCAGACAUCGCUCUCAGCAAGAACAGCAUGAUGUUUGUAACUCCUGAUGGGGAAGGCUUUAGUGGCGUAUGGGCUGGAGAAUACAAGAAGUACGGAGAGAAGAAAGAAGUAAGUGUGGAGGUUUCUGGUCAUGUUGAUGCUGGCACGCUGUAUGAACGGAUCCGUCUGGACAGGCUCCCGUUUGUUCACAGAGCUGUCAGCAUCACAAUGGACUCUAAAGGACGAAACUUUGGUGUGCUUCAGGCUGACCCCAAAACCAGUUUGUAUGAGGUUCCCAGCAUCUCUCCAUCCUCCUUCUCGCAGCACUUCCGGAACCUGCUGGAAGAGGCGGAUGAAACGGAUAACAUCCACGACGUGACGCUCCAGGCUGGUGAUCGCAAUUUCCCCGCUCACAAGUACAUUCUGUCCAUGAGGUCCGAGUUCUUCCGGAAACAGUUCAUGUCCGAGCCUUGCGGGGUCAACGAGGAGGAGGUGAGGAGGAGUGAAGAUGCUGUCGGAUGCGAUUUGCUCGUAUUUGAAAAAAUCCCAGCAGACGUUCUGGAAUACGCCCUGCACUUCAUCUACACGGACUCCUGUGAGCUGCUGGUGCACGGGGCCCGGCCGAGGGUCUCGGGUGCAUCACCUGGACAAAACCAGGAUUCAGAGCAAGAGAGGCUUAUCAGCAGUCUGCAGGACUUCGGUCUGAGUGGUCGCUCAGCUCUUGAGGUGUACCGUUCCCUCUCUCCCUCAACCAGAGGUGACAGUAACAAGUCCAAGAACAAGAGCUCCAAGCCUGGCAAGAAAGGGAAGGGAGGCAAAGGUGACAAGGGAAAAGCCAACGAAGGAGGGGCGAACCCUGUAAAAACCUUACAGGCUGUUUCAAAGAAGCUUGGCCUGGGCAGCCUGUCGGCACGACUGGAUGGUGUGAAGUAUGAAAAUGGAAAAAUUAAUGUGAUUCAGAAGAAAACUGGCAACAAACCCAAAUUUUUCCAGAAAAAAUGCUCCUAUCUCUGCGAUGUGACUCUGAAAUCUGAAGAUGGUAAAGAGUUUCCUUGCCACAAAAGCGUCCUCUGUGCAAGACUAGAGUACUUCAACAGUAUGCUUGGAAACCCCUGGAUUGAGGCGACCUCUUGUUCUGCUCUAGAGAUGCCUACAAGCUCAGAGAUCCUGCAGGUCAUUCUCGAGUACAUUUACACAGACGAGUCUCCCACCAUUAAGGAGUCUCUAAAUGUGGAAUUUGUCUGCAACGUGCUGGUUGUGGCUGACCAGCUGCUCAUCACUCGACUGAAGGAGAUGUGCGAGGUCGUCAUCACUGAGAACUUGACUCUGAAAAAUGCUGCAGAGCUGCUGGAGUUCGCCACCUUGUACAACGCGGAGCAGCUGAAACUGUCCUGCCUGCAGUUCAUCGUCCUCAACAUGGCCGCCUUGCUGGAGUCAAAAGCUCUGGACAUCGUUAGUGAUGAAGUGCUUGUGGAGCUGUCUGCAGCCUACAGGAGGAUGAUCCCAGCAAUGCAGAAGCGUGUCAUCACCCCAUACCCCGGUGCACCAGACCUCAGUCUGUAUGAGGAGGAGGAUUUGGACUCGGCAUUCAGCCCCAAACCAGAGUCAGAAGUUGAUCAGAGUUGCAGAGAGGUGUUGUUAAAGAAGGCCAAGAUGAAGGCCAAGAAGAAACCACGGAGACGUUCUGACAGUUCAGGAGGCUACACUCUCUCUGAUAUUAUUCAAACCCCUCCUGCUGCAGCGGGGUCUCUGAUCCUUGUUAAAAUGGAUAAAACCAACUCUGCAGAGUCCCUGCAGGAGAUCCUCACAUCUGACUCAGAAAGCAGCUACAUGGGAGUUGGCAGUCCCAGAGACAUGCAGUCACUGCUGUUUCAGGACCGAGCUGAGGAUGACAGAGCUUUCAGUCAGAUAGUUAAGACCCCACCCAUCACCCCGACCUCCCUGAAGAGUAACUUCCAUACUCCCCCCAGCUCUGCUCCACAAACCGCCCCCAAGGUGCUUCCCUGCCCAGCUCAGGCUGCUCCAGUGUUGGAUCUGAGAACGAUCAUGGACAUGGAGGCCAGCUCUCUGCAGGCUCCCUGUGCAACUCCUAAAAGUCCUGGAAUCGUCAGCAGCAACAUCAAACACUCUCCUGUUUCCACUAAACUGUCCCAGAAACAGAGGAAGAUGUUGGCCAUGGCCAGCAGGGAGGUCUGUGGAGAGUCUCCAGCGUCCAGACCAGCCGCAGCAACGCCGUCCAAGAGCACUGAGAAGGCCUGGGCCACAGCUGUCCAGUCCUCGCCGUCCUUCUGUUCUUUUCGGUCUCUACUGGAAGAGGAAGAGAACCGUUUAAUGAGAGUGGAGCAAGCAGGAACCCAGGGGGUCCAGGGAUCCCCUGUCAGCCCAAGGGUCCCGUGUCCUUCUGCCAGGAGGGUCACAUUCAAAGAUGCUGAGAGCAGUGAGCCAGAGAGACCUACUGGGCCCUGGGUGCUUGGUGCCGUGGGCAGCCCUCCCCUCUCCUCCCUGGUGACCUUCGCUUCCAUCGUGGAGGAGGAGAAGCAGCAGGAAGCCGCGCUGAUCCGCAGCCGAGAGAAGCCGCUGGCGCUCAUCCAGAUUGAAGAGAGAGCCAUUCAGGACCUUCUGCUCCACUAUCAGGCUCGGGACAACCCAGAUGAACUGAUAGUGGUGGAGACGACACCCAGAGGUCCAAUGGCAGCUCCGACCUGGCACAAGCACUGAGGACUGAUCUUGUGACAGCACAACAGCUACAUACCAUUAAAAUCCGAACUGAUUGGUAGAUCGUGCUGAUGUUCUGCUAAAACGUCCGCCUCACUCAGUGG